AUGAAGAAGAACAACAGCAACACUGCAAGCACAAUCAUGCAAAUAGACCCGCAGGAAGGUCCCUUCCAAUUACACACUCUAUUAUCAGACUUACCGCCAAAUUUAUCAUUCUCAGCAUGCGAAGGUUACGAGAACCAUCUAUAUUUGGGUACCACCAAGGGUGAUCUACUUCAUUAUUUCGAAAUUGAACCAAAUAACUACAUCCUCAUAUCAGAGACAAAAUUCUCUCCAUCCACAGACUCCAAAAUUACUAAAAUCGUACUGUUACCACUAAUUGAAAGAGCUCUCGUAUUAAAUAAUGAAGGUCAAUUGAUUCUGUUUCUUCUACCAGAAUUCGCACCUGUACCCAACACUUCACCCAUUCAAAACGUUACUGAUCUCACAAUAUUCCAUUACUCCAAGAGAUCAAACAUUUACAGGAUAACCAUCGCUACCAAAAACGCUCUACAAUUAUGGAAAGUUUCAACCACCCAGGGAAUCAUUCAAAGCAGCAAGAAUCUCAUUCAAUUCAAGAAUUGUAGCCACAUCUUACAACAUGAGGAAAUUCUCAUCAUGGCAAGAUCAAAUAAUUACGAAAUUAUCAAUUUGAAAAAAUUAAAUGCAAACGUAUUACCAUUAUUCCAUGUAUUUGAACCCACCCCUGCAUCACCGACCCUCACCCCCGUCAUGUGCUCCAUUAACAGCAAGGAAUUCCUGGUGUGUUCUGGAGGGAAUGACCCCAAUGAUAACGCAAUGGCUCUCAUUGUGAACCAUAAGGGUGACAUAUCCCAGGGAACAAUAGUAUUGGAUAAGUAUCCAACAGAGAUCGCUGUCCAAUACCCUUACAUCCUGACCAAUUAUGACGGGUCCAAAGUACAAGUUAAUAAAUUAUUGAACAUCAACGAUGACUCGAACCUCCCGAUACAAACAAUCUCCUCCUCUUCUGAAAGCGAUCUACGUAUCGCGAGGCUGACCGCUACUUUCCAUAAUGAUGAAAUCAUGGAUCCAAAGGACAAAGAAUUGAUUGUCGAGAAAUUGAAGUUGGUCCCCAUGCUUAACAAGGAUAUCGAACUCACUUUACAAAGGGAGAAAUCUUACGUGGAGGAAAAUUUACAACAAGUUUCAUCACUUGUAUGCUACGGUCAUCAGGGGAUCCAUGUCCUCUUCAAGAAGCCUAUCAUAUUACAAAUGCAUAAUAAAUUCAAUGAGGAGGAAAUCUCCAUCUUGGAAAAUUAUCUAUCGGAAAUGGAGGAUAAAUAUCGUGCUACAAUGACCAAAUACGAGGACAUUGAAUGCAAGUAUCUUACCUUGAUGGAGUUGUUAUUGAUUCUAUUACAUUGCGAUACCAUUGAUGAAAUUGUCAUUAAGAAGUGGUCCACGAAAUCAGGGACCACAGAUAUAAGAAUAUUGUUGUAUAUAUUGAACAUGGAAAUAUACGGAAAUAUUUGGACUUUCCAUGGGUUGGAACCCUUGAUAAACAAUUUAAAGGAAUUGAAACUGAUACAUAAAUGUAAUAAGGGUAUCCCAUGGUUAUUGAAAUUAUUGAAAAAAAAUUUAAAAUCCACAAAUAACGAUUUUAGCAACAUUUCCAAGACCAUAGAUAUAAACUUUUUACAAUUUUACUUAAAGGAUGACACUCUUAACUUUGAUAUUAACAAUUUUGAAACGGAAAACUUUCCUGAAAUUAUAGACAUAUUAAAGAAACAAGAUGAUGCUUCCAAGUAUUCUCCCAUUUUACUGCAAAUAUACCAAAGGAAACAAAUGUUUAUGGAAUACAUGGACCUCUUGAAGAAAGACAGCAAAUUGGAUAAGCUGUUUCAAUACAUAGAAACCAACAUCAACCAAUUACCAAAAGAUUACGUCCAUGGUCCACAAUUGUUCGAUGAUUUGGCACUCAUUUUGAAUGAUAAGCAGGACGACACAACAAAGGAUCAAAUUAAUCAAAUGUUUAAAAUAUUAAACUCCAUGGAUAUUGACCCACAUGAGCUUAUUUCAAGAGUACAGGAUAACAUACCCGUAAAGGUAAUGAUUAUUGAACAAUUGGGAGUAAAAGAUAGUCACGAUAAGAAAUUCAUAAUUGAAUAUUAUUUAACUAAAUUGGAAGAAACCAUUCAACAAAAUAAUCUAUGGACACAAUUGAAUUCAUUCUUAAAUGAAUAUAAACAAGAUUUAAAAUAUGAUAAGGUCAAUUUUAUCAGCUUCAUCAACGUCAAAUUACAAUAUAAUGAAAAUUUUGAAAAUUUCUUGAUUUACUUCAAUCACAUCAAAUUAAUAAUUACAAAUUCCAUUGAACAGGACAAUGACAAGACAUUCAUCUCUGGAUUAUUCAAUGAAAUUUCCAAAUUUGAUAAUAAUAAUAUUCUAACAUUCCUCUUAUUACCAUCACCCGCCACCACCAAUCAAACAAUUUUAACCAAUGAGCAGAUAUUAACCAUAUUAUUAAAUUGCAACGAUUUUAUGACCAUUGAACAAUAUUUAACUAAAGAAAAUUUAAUCUCAGUGAUGAAACAUUACAUCCAAAUGCAUAAGAAAAUAUACUCAAUUAGUCUGGUCACUAAUUUAUUAACUCGAAAUAUUAAUUUUCUACUGAAUGAUUCAGAUCAAUUUUUAAAUAUUCUAAGAGAGUUACCUCAAGAGUACCCAUUAACUAACUUGUUUGAAAUCUUAUUCCCCAUAGUCAACAGACUUGAUACGAAAACCCAAAACUUAGCAUUACAAAAGGCAUUAUUGAAAGCAGAGCUUGCCAAUACAAAGGAAAUGAUUAACAAUUUACAAAUUGAAUAA